AUGCAGCUGAUGAAAGGGACAGCCUAUGGGAUCCUGCUGGUCUGUGUCCUGGCCCUGUGGACGGACUCAGUCCAGGCUGGCUCCAGUUUCCUCAGCCCCUCACAGAAACCACAGGGGAAGAUGGAUAAGAAGCCCCCCAGGGUAGGCAGACGUGACUCUGACGGGAUCCUCAACCUGUUUGAGAGCCGCUCUUAUGAGGAGGAAGACGGCAAACACGUUACGUUCAACACCCCCUUUGAGAUCGCGAUUACAAUGACUGAAGGAGAGUUCCAUCACUAUGGAGAAGUUCUGCAGAAGAUCAUGCAGGAUCUGCUAGUGGAUACUCCAGCAGCAGACUGA